AUGUCAGACCCAGUUGGCAACAACGCACCACCAGCGCUCGGUGAAGAAGCCGCGUCACUAGUAUCGGACGAGGUUUUGCUGCGUCUAUGGAAUCGAGUCCAAGAGGACGCCUGGUCAGACAAUGUUGCACUCAACUUCUGGCUGCACCUAUUCGCGAAAUACCUGUUCUCGGGCAAGCAAUGGAUCGUCGGUGUCGACAACAGUCCCUUAGACAUCGAGCCGCUCAUGACAGACAUGUCUGUCCAAUAUCUGGGACACGCGGGCAUGCAGACCCUAUUUUUCCACAUGCUCACAAACAAAGAAGCUACAUGGGCUGACUUGGUCGAAAUCGAAACCCAGGCAUAUGUUGCCUGCGCGGAAUAUCUGAGGGCGAAUCCGGACAUCACACUCGUGUACGCCGUGACAAGUUUCGGGACCAGAGCGAGGAUCUGGUUCUGCCGUCAGGGCUCGAAUUCCUUGCAGGAGCUGGUUGGGUCGGACGAUGGGUCUGACGAUGGGUCUGAGGCGUCGAGAUACGUGGAGGCCCACGGCAGCGACGCCAUUGUCCUUCGGAGAGGUUUUAGUUACAUGAUGACGUACCCGCCUGUUGCUCGUCGAGGCAUCAACCACGGGUCGAGGUCUCCUGCAUCAUCUCGCCGUAACUAA